AUGACAUCUGCUUGUAUGAUCGAGGCUUCUGAUCUGGGUGCGGGCAAGUCGAGGUUCCAUUGUGAUGAACUGGAGAAGGCGCUGCGGGAUGUGGGGCUCAGGAUACAGGAGGUGCAGGCCGAUGGCAACUGCUUCUUCAGGAGCCUCAGCGUUCAGCUGCAUGGCCACGAGGACGAGCAUGCUGAGCUGCGCUCCCAGGUGGUGCAGCAUCUCCGUGACAACCAGGAGGUGUACGAGCCUUUCAUAGAGGACGAGAGGGCCUGGGUCGAUUACUGCGAGCGCAUGUCGCAGGACGCCGAGUGGGCGGGACACCCGGAGCUGCACGCCGCCUCCAAGGUCCUGCGGCGGAACAUCCGGGUCUACCAGGCCGAGCAGCCCGCCUGGCAGCUGACCACCUGGGGUGAGGGUGAGGCUAGCGGCCCCGCCCUGCGCCUCUCCUACCAUGACGGCAACCACUACAACAGCGUGACGGACAGCGAUCAGGUUGGGAGCGGUGCAGCAGAGCCCGAGGCAGCAGCGGACAAUUUUGAACACGAUGAGGCCGUGGGGCCCUGUGUGGCUGGAUCGGCGGGCGAUCUGCACGGCGCCACCAGUGCCAAGCCGGCUCCUGUGCCAAGGGGCCGCAAGGCCAAGAAGCAGGCCAAGGCAAGGCCCUUGCAGGGUGGGAGGCAUGCACGUCUCUCACCAGGUGGGGCCGGCCGGGAGGGCACUGUGCGCAUUGCCCUGGAGGUAGGCGAUGGCGACGGGCGCGUGAAGCUGAGGCUGAUGUGGACCGAAGACAGUGGCGCGGUGCCGAUCGGCAAGGCAGCCCGCGUGGGCUGCCCCUGUGGCAGCGGCAAGAAGGGCAAGGCAUGCUGCAGAGGGCGGGUGCAGCCCCCGCGCAUUGUGGCCUCCCGGGAUUUCAACGAGAACCUACACCAUGCGCUGCAAACGCUGGAAAUCUGA